CUAAUAAAAGAUUAGGCCUUUAUGGACUACAUUCCCCAUUCUUUAAAGCAAGAUUGGAUUUUUCGAUUUGUUUCAUUAGUAGUACUCGACCUUCCUGGAGGGGUAAAUUCAUAUGGAAGUGUGAUGGAAGGAGAGCAGCAACAGCUGUUGGAGGAAGUCUCCAUAUCAUUGCAGCAAUGUUGAAGAAUGUCUUUGUGUUUUGAACAUUCUGUCCUCGAUUAACCAUAUUAGGUAUGUGAACUGCGUAACUUCUUAUUGUGAACUGCAGUUUUGAGAGGUAGUCUAAGAGCUUAACGACCGGAAAUAAAUUAUCGUUCUUUUGUGAACUGUGAAUGCCUCAUUUAUAUUAACAACAAAUGAAUAAUGUAUUUUAGAAUGCAUUGUUUUUAAACAGAUUACAACACGAAUUUUGUUUCCUUAAAGAGAAAACCUCACAGUUUUCAUCACGAUAUUUUCAAUAAUUUUAAUUUCUGACUAAUAUUGAAAUGUGUGAUGCUUCAGUGGUUGAAGAUACUGGCACCAAUAGUGAACAAUGGUCUUUAGGAAACAUUCCAGUAGAGAUUUUCCUUCAUAUCUGCUCUUAUUUGGAUGCAAGAUUUAUUACUAAUUCCAUGAGCUUAGUAUGUAAACGUUUCCAUGAAAUACUUUCUGAUUCGGCAAUAUGGAGAUCACGUAUUUCAAAGAGGUGGGGAAGUAAAUAUCCGCCAAUACCAGUAAAUGCAGAUGACUUUAACUGGAGGUUAGCCUGUGUGAACAUUGAAGACCAAUAUGAGCUCUGGAAUAGGAAAGACAUAAAAAUUAAAUCAGUAUUAAGAAAGGACAUCCAUUAUGCAGCUGUAGAUGCAAUACACUUAAUGAAUUCUGGCUUGCUCUGUGUGUCUGGUUCAAGAGACCGCAGCAUCAUGCUGUGGGAUCUCUCCAAUGUGCUGAAUGGUGGCACAGAGGUACCGUAUCAGGUGUCGACAGAUGCCCACAAGGGUUGGAUCUGGCAACUGGCCUCUUGUGGUGAAACUGUGUACUCAUGUUCUUGGGACACAACAAUAAAAGCGUGGAAUCUAACCCACGAUCUGCAAUUACUCUCCGUCUUCAAGUGUCAGACACCAGCCCUGUCACUAGCCUGUACAUCGAAUCUGGUGGCAGCAGGAACAUACAACAGGAAUGUGGUAAUCUUUGAUACCAGGGUUGGGGGAUCUCAGGUCAGCUUGUACACGGCACAUCACGGUGCCGUACUAGCUCUCUCCAUGUCUGGCGACUUCAUAAUAUCUGCUAGCGAGGACCAAACACUGGCUGUGUGGGACCAACGGGCAGGAAAAGUCUUUAAGAAACUAAAUUUAUAUGAAAACAAGGAUGAAGAUAAGGCUUUUCCCAUGUGCCUGUCAUUCAGCAAUGAUCUCCUUUAUGUCGGUGACUCGAAGAGCCAGUUACAUCUCCUAAAUCCAGCUCAGGGAAAGUUUGAUAUCGUUGAGUCAUACCAAGUUGGACAUACUGAAAAACUGACCUGUGUAAAGCACAGCAUGGGUAGCAUCCUCACGAGUUCGACCGACCGCACAGUUCGAAUAUCCACGCCAACUAAGAAUCCAGAAACGAUAGCUAUCAUACGUUCUCAGGCGGGCGAAGUUGCACGGUUUGAUUACACUAAUAAUGUCCUAGCAGUUGGGGGCACUGAUAAUGCGCUGGAAUUUUGGCUGCCAUGUUCUACAUAACCGUGUGCAGUAUGAACAGAGCCUGCCUCAGAUCUGCUUAUUUUUGGUACUAGACAUGAGAGAUGACACCUUUCACUGGCAAUGUUGCAGUCGAUACACACUCGUACCUACAGCGAUGCCAAAUUAUUCUCAACAAAACAUGUAACAAAAUUUUGUAUUACAGUGGUGACCAGUAUUUCUUCAGCCUUCAGAAAGUGAUACUAACUUGAAUACUCCAAAAGUACAGAUAAAUUGUAAUUAUUUAAUUUUUUUCCAAUCAUACUUGAAUCUGUGUCCUUGGGGCAUAGCUGUUACUUGGCGCUGGAAAAGUCUUCUACUAAAGGUGCACAAAGGGGACAAAAAAUGAAAAAUAUGCAAGAACUUAUUAAAUCAAGUAAAAUCACAUUUUUCUCUUUGGUUGUGCUUUGUAAUUAUACAUAUUCAAAAUAUAUGGUGCCAGAUUUUGGAAGCAGAAGUCAGGGUGAAAUUUGAAAUUAUGGCAGUGAAGAAGUCGCCAGACUUGUGGGUUGUGAUGCUGUGCGGUCUCCUAGGUAGAUACUGUUUGGAAGAAACCUGCUGCCUCCAUCUUGUAUCUACCUGUUAGUCCACAAAGCACAUAACCCAGAACCAAGUUAUUGGGCUCAAUUCUGACAGGCUAAGAUCAAUUAGCAGGUGACUAGCUGAUUUUGUAUAGUAUUUUCGUAGAAAUUCCUGUAAGUAUAAUAUGGGUAGAUAUAUUUGUGGCACAUUUUAUGUCAUGGGUAAACUGUGCAGCUCCUCCAGAAGAAGGACUUAGAAUAUAAAAUAAAGUCACUAAUUUUUCUACAAAGACUUUAAAACUGUCCUAUGAAAUUUGACAUGUCUAAUUACUGUAGAUUGUUGUUUUUGCAUCCCUGGGAUCUAUUGUUAAUUAACAGUAAUUAAAACUGUCGAUAAAUAUACUUGGAGAUGAGAUUAAUAUCACAAACAUUGGCUCCUCUACCAUUAGUUUAUUGAUAAUUAACAUCAGUGAAAGCAACUUGCAAAAACUGAUACUCAGAUAAAGCUAAUGAGUCAUGGCUUUGAAACAAUAACUGUGGUAUUUCAGAGUCCUUGACAUUAUAAAUUUAUAUACAUUACCACCACUAGCUCAUAUAUAACAGUAUAAAUCAUUAUUAAAAUAUUUGCUUGUCUUGGUUUUUAUAUUAACUUUUGUUAAUGUAAUUUAUAACUCUUUUUGUUACAUUUAUUUAAUAAAUGAGAAUUUUAACAUGUU